ACACACACACACACACGCACACACACACACACACACACACGCACGCCUCUGCGCAGGCCAAUGCUAUUUUAAGGAAGGCGCGCGUGCAGAGAUAACAACAAACGAGGGUGUGUGCGCGACAAAGAAAAACAGUGGACGAGAAUCCGAGCUGCUGCUCGUGCACGUGUCUCCGGUCUCGUGCGGAGCGCCCCGGGAGGUGACCCUCCAGAGCUCCUCCCCCGCCUCCUUGAGGACUGCCCCCCCCCCCCCCGCCAUGGCCCCUCCCCCCUCCGUGUGGACCACCGGCCUGCUGACGGUGCUGCUGGCAGCCGUGGCUCACAGCAACGUAACAUACGAAGACGACCCCCUGCAGCCCACCACCUCCGAUGAGACGGUGUCGGUGGGCGGCACCGUGACUCUGACCUGCCAGGUGCCCGAGAGCGACAACUCGUCCCUCCAGUGGUCAAACACGGCACAGCAGACGCUGUACUUCGGAGAGAAGAGAGCGCUGAAGGACAACCGCAUCCAGCUGCACCGCUCCACGCCCACCGAGCUCUCCAUCACCAUCAGAAACGUGCAGAUGUCGGACGAGGGCGAAUACACCUGCUCCAUCUUCACCAUGCCGGUCCGGACGGCCAGAGCCACGGUGACGGUGCUGGGUGUCCCCGGUAAGCCUCACAUCCUGGGCUUUGAGAGCGCCGUGCUGGAGGGCGGCAAGGUCACCCUGACCUGCAGCAGCGCGGGCAGCAAGCCCCCCGCCCAGCUGCACUGGUACCGGGGCGACGAGGAGCUGCAGGGGCGCCCCGCCGUGCGCCUCCUGGCUGACGACUCCACCUUCAACGUGAGCAGCGAGCUCACCCUGGAGGUGAGCCGCUUUGACGACAACGUCCUCAUCACCUGCGCCGUGGACCACCCGUCACUGGCGCCGGGCGACCAGCGCAGCGAGCACGCCGUGCGCGUGUUGUAUUCUCCGAAGACACAGAUCGUGCCUGAGACCGAUCUGCCCAGAGAGGGAGAGAAGUUUCAUCUGAAGUGUGUCGGCAACGCCAACCCCGAGCCCACCUCCUACACGUGGAAGAAGGACGGAGAGCUCCCCCUGCUGGCCAAGGCGGUUGGUGCGCUGCUGCUCUUCGAGCGGCUCAACAAGUCGGACAACGGCGUGUACCUGUGCGUCGCCACCAACAGGCUGGGCCACGACCGGGGCCAGUACACGCUGCUGGUGCAAGAUCCAGACACCACCCUGUUCUCCCUCGACCCUCCGACCUCUCCAUCCUUCUCCACCUCCUCCCUCCCACCCUCCUCUUCUCCUGACUCCACCUCCACUUCCUCCUCCUCCACCUCCUCCUCCCCUCCUGACCUCAUUUCUUCCUCCUCCUCUUCCUCCUCCUCCACUUCCUCCUCCCCUCCUGACUCCGUCUCCACCUCCUCCCCUGACCCCUCCGCGGCUGACGCAUUGACCACCGUCUCCGAAUUCUCCACCACCUCCCUCGCCAACGCCCUCUUCCCCGACCCGCCACUCUCCUCCUCCUCCUCCUCCUCCGUUACUCCCUCAGUUUCCGUCCGACUGACUGGAGUUUACACUUUCACAGAUGCUGCAGACGCUGCAGACAACAGUGCAGACCCCACCGCCAUGUCGACGUCUUCGCGGGUGGACCACGCCGUGAUCGGAGGGGUGGUGGCCGUCAUCGUCUUCAUCCUGCUCUGCCUCCUCAUCGUCCUCGGCAGAUACCUCAUCAGACACAAAGGAACGUACCUGACCCACGAGGCCAAGGGCUCGGACGACGCCCCCGACGCCGACACGGCCAUCAUCAACGCCGAGGGAGGCCACUCCGGAGCGGAGGACAAGAAGGAGUACUUCAUCUAGAGGGAGGACGGGAGAGGAGGAGGAGAAGGAGCACUUCAUCUAGAGGGAGGAAGGGAGAAGAGGAGGAGAGAGAGAGAGGGAGAAACAACGCAACACUUCAGUUCUCGGUUGGAUGAAGAUGAAGGGAGGAGGAACUGUGAUGAAGAGAUGCUCCCCUCUUUGCAUUGAUACAGAGACCUGGCACUGACAUAUGGACAAACACACACACACACUCACACUCACUCACACACACUCACACUCACAAACACAGACACUCACACACAAACACACACACACAAACACACACACUCACAAACACACAUACACAAACACACACACACACUCACAAACACACACAGACACACACACACACACACUCUCACUCACACACACACUCACAAACACACUCACAAACACACAACACGCAACACGCAACACCUGCGUCACCAGGCCACGGGGCUCCAGUACAUAUAUAAAUAUAUAUAUAGAAUUAUACAACAUUUUUUUUACUUGACAAUGUUAGGUGUGCUGUAAAUACUCUCUCUCUCUCUCUCUCUCUCCCUCUCUCUCUCUAUCUCUCUCUAUCUCUCUCUCUCCCUCUCUCUCUCUCUCUCUCUCUCCCUCUCUC